AUGGUGCCCAGUGCAGUGCGUUUCCUAAAAACAUUUCCCGUCGUCAUUCUCUUCCUCGCAGUCUCGGCCGCGUCUGCUACCAAUAAUGAUUCCCAGAUAAAAUGUAGCAGAUCCUGCGUGGCUGAAAACUGUAACGCGUUUGGGAUCCGAUACGGGAAAUAUUGCGGCGUAGGGUGGUCCGGCUGUCUCGGAGAAAAACCGUGCGACGAUCUGGACUCUUGUUGCAAGAUUCACGACGAAUGCGUUGAGAAAAAAAGUGUGAUUGACGUAAACUGCCAUGAAGAUUUCAAGAUUUGUAUGAAGAAAGUACAAGAAUCUGGGAAAGUUGGAUUUUCUCGAAAAUGUUCAAUUGAGACGGCGGUGGAUACUAUGAUGAUAGGUAUGGAUAUGGCUAUCUUAAUGAGCCAGUUGGGCAAUAUCAAGUAUGAUGAACUCUAAUCUCUCAACUUCAAAUUUCAUUGAU